AUGUUGACACCUUCCAGAUUAUACGUCAAAUCCCUAUACAAAAGAUUCCUCACAAAUUCACUUAAUUGGUAUAUCCGUCGAGACCUUUGGCGUAACAAAGCCAUUGAGAUCAGAGCGGAAUUUGAACGUAAUAGAAAUAUCACCGAUCCUCGGGCUUUAGCUUUAGUUCUUGAACAAGCGGAAGCUAGGUUAGCUAAAGAAGCUCAUCCUGAUCCUUAUCGACCACCAUUGUUUCCUGACGGUACGAAAUGGGAACGUAAUUUACCCCCACGUAUGUUCACAGCACAGGAAAAAGCAGAAGCGUUGGCAGCGGAACAUUGA